ACAUCCAUCAGACUAACUGAAUUCUGACACCAUGUGCUACUAUGGCAGCUACUAUGGGGGCCUGGGCUGUGGCUAUGGCUCUGGUUAUGGCUGUGGAUGUGGCAGCUUCCAUGGCCUAGGCUGUGGAUUUGGCAACUAUGGCUAUGGAGGCCUGGGCUAUGGUGGCUAUGGCUAUGGGGGCUAUGGAGGCCUGGGCUAUGGUGGCUGUGGCUAUGGCUGCUGGUGCCCAUCUUGCUAUGGAAGGUAUUAUUCCUAUGGCUUCUACUGA